UUUGAUAUAAUCAAAAACAUUAUACUUACGAUUAAUAGAUUGUCGAGAAAUAAAAAUUAAAUAUAAAAUAUGUAUUUUACCAAGUACUCCGUCUCGAAUAUUUCGUAUAUUUUCGGUAUAUUAUGGACAUUCUGUACAUUUAAAUUUCUUUUAAAUGCAAAAUGAUCCGUGUUCGUCUUCUAAUAUAAGCUUUACGUUGAAAAUUCUCCAUUUGAAAAUUAAGCCUAUCAAAAAACAGCUCGAACAGAAAUUAAGAGCUGCACUCAUCUUCAUGUGAACACAAUAUUGAUCUCCUGGUUCAAACGUUAUAGGUUAGUGACUCUAAUGUUGUUUUAUUCUGACGUUUGAUAUAUUGUCGUAAGAAUGUUUCAGUAAUUUAUAAAUUAUUAUAAUAAAGUAUGAUAUUAAGUAAAUGUACAUAGUUUUAAUAAAUUAGUAUUUAUACCUUAUACGUAUUGAUCUAUAAAUCAGUGUGUAGUAAUAAAUGGCAGAAGAAGGGAAAAAGGUUUCUUUCGGUUUCGCAAAAUCUAUUAAGAAAUCUGUGUUAAAAAAUGUUAUUCCACAAGAGGAAAAGAAAAUUGAUUAUAUUGAAUGCCUCGACGAAAAGAGUAUUAAAUUAAUAGGCGGAGAGGAAAAGAAAGAUGAGCCUCUAGUUAUUCCAUUGUUAGGUUCAAAGACUUGGCAUGAUAGAAUUGUUAAUAAAGUAGACGCAGACAUUUUUGUGUCUAAGACAACUAAGGAGAAGACAGAAGACAUUGAAAUUGGUGACGAGGGAGAAAAAUCAAAACUAUCAAAUGGAAAAUCAUCGCCAAAAACAUCAAUAAAGAAAGAAAUAAUUGAGGAUAAUGAAAAUAAAGUUGUUACUUUAGAGGAGCAAGCGGCUCAAGAAAUCAUUGAGGAACUCAAAUCGAAAGAUGAACAGGAAACUAAAGUAAAUGAUUUGUCUUUACCUUUGGUAGAAGAUGAAUCUUUAAAAGGCAAAGAGCAGUCUACAUUAGAAGAUUAUGAAAGAAUUCCAAUUGAUGCUUUUGGUGUAGCAAUGUUACGAGGAAUGGGAUGGCAACCAGGGAAAGGAAUUGGUAAAAAUGAAAAAGUUGUGUCAGCUGUUAUACCAGAAUUACGACCAAAGGGAAUGGGCCUUGGAGCAGACAAAGUAACACUACAAAAGAAAAGUACAGAGUCCAAGAAACAAGAGGAAGAACUUAAAAUCGAGAAAGGAACAUACGUGAAAAUUAUAGCUGGGAAACAGAGCAACAAUUACGGUCAAAUAGAGGGAUUCGAUGACGAUGCAGGGAGACUCAUAAUAAAACUAGCUCUUGGUGGAAAUACAAUAUCUGUAAACGAAUUUAUGGUGCAACCAGUAACUAAAUCAGAAUAUUCGAAGAAUUCAAAAGUUUUAAAUGUGAGGAAGUAUGAAGAAUAUAAGGACAAAGAAUCAAAGGAAUUCAAACAAAAAACAAAUAAAAAAAAGUCAAUAUCUGAUGAUUCUGAAGAUGAUAACAAAAGUAAUGAUGAAAGAAAGAACAGUAAUGAUAAGGACAAAUAUGACAAAACAGACAGAAAACCAAAAAAGCAAAAAAAAUAUACUGAAUCUGAGGAUGAGAGUGGUAAUGAUCAUGAGAAGAAAGCGAAAAAGCGAAGAAGUAGCUCUAACAGUGAUGACUCUCAUAAAUUGAAGAAAUCAAAAAAAUCAAAAAAACAUAAGAAACAUGAUUAUUCGCCAGAAAGAUCAAGCAAAAAACACAAGAAAAAGGAUAAAGAAAAAAUUAGAGAUAAAAAGUCGAGAGAUUAUACAGAUAGGAGAAAACAUAAAAAACAAGGAAGGUCAAGAUCCCGAUCUUCUAGUAGGCGGUAAUUUUUCAGGAAUGUGUCUGGACUUUACUUUCGUUGGAAAUUGUACAAUUUUGUUUAUACACAUUUUAUAAUAAAACGUAUUUUUACAAAAUCAUGUUUCCCUUUUUAUCUUUGCUUGAUAAUUCUAAUACAUACUUAAUAUAUCUUAAUUAUUAUAAAAUCUUGCUUAAUCUUGCUUACGUAAUAUUGAUAGGAAGUAGGAAUGUACAUAACCUCAAAAAGCAUUAUGAUAUUUACGAAUAUUGCCAAACAAGUAGUGCGAACGAUGUCGACAUUUCGCUUGGGAUUAAUACAGCCUGAAGUGAAUGAAGUGAAAGUUAAAAAUAUAGAGCGAGCAGUUUCCUACAUUUCAAGCGCGAAAAAGCAAAAUGCUGAUGUCAUCGCUCUUCCCGAAUGUUUUAAUUCACCAUAUGGGAUAGAAUAUUUUCCAAAAUAUGCCGAGAGUAUUCCCGACGGAGAAACGAGUAUCGCUUUAUCGAAAGCAGCUAAAGAGAACAACGUUUAUGUGGUCGGUGGUACGAUACCUGAAAGAGAAGGUGAUAAAUUAUACAAUACUUGCACUGUUUGGGGUCCCGAUGGAGCUUUGAUAGCGAAGCACCGGAAGAUACACUUGUUCGACAUCGAUAUUCCUGAUAAAUUUACUUUCCGUGAGAGUGAUUCACUCAGUUCUGGUAACUCUCUGACGAUGUUCGACGUGAAGGGCUGCAAAAUAGGUAUUGGUAUUUGCUAUGACAUUAGGUUCGAGGAAAUGGCGCGCAUUUAUCGGAACAAAGGUACAGUAACUUAAUGAAACAAUAUGACCGACAGAGAAUUGAUAAUCUUUCUAUUUAUUCAAUUGUGUUCUACUAGUCAAUGAUAUUCUAUCUAUUUUCAUAGGCUAUAUUAUUGUUUAAAAAUAUGAUGUAUUUAUAAUAAUUAUAAUAAUUUGUAAUAUAAUCUAAAUAAAAAACCUCUCACAUCCGAGUUUCCAUUAUGCAAAUAUUUUAUUAAUUCCGUAAUAAAUCAACAUUUCAUUUACAAGUAACAAAGAAACAACAAACGAAAAUGAUGAGGAUGUGUUUUCUUAUGCUGAAACACAAGAUGGUCGAAGCUGA